AUGCGCUUUAAACAAUAUAAUUCCUAUGAGGAAAGCCUGAGCGAAAGCUUUUUUAUGGUGAAAGGCGCUGCGUUGUUUCUUCAGCAAGGCAACAGCCCGCAAGGCCCACGGACUCUUCCUCAAACUCACAAACACGCAGGUGACUUGCCGCAGCACCUGCAGGUGAUGAUCAACCUCCUUCGGUGUGAAGACAGAAUCAAACUGGCUGUGCGCUUGGAGAGUGCCUGGGCAGACCGAGUGAGGUACAUGGUGGUCGUCUACAGCACCGGGCGCCAAGAUACGGAGGAGAACAUCCUGCUGGGCGUGGACUUUUCCAGCAAAGAGAGCAAAAGCUGCACCAUAGGGAUGGUUUUGCGCCUGUGGAGUGACACGAAGAUGCAUCUGGAUGGCGAUGGUGGAUUUAGCGUCAGCACUGCAGGGAGGAUGCAUAUCUUCAAGCCGGUUUCCGUGCAAGCAAUGUGGUCUGCCCUCCAGAUCCUCCACAAGGCUUGCGAGGUUGCUCGGCGGUACAAUUACUUCCCGGGCGGGAUGGCACUUGUCUGGGCCACCUACUACGAGAGCUGCAUCGCCUCUGACCAGAGCUGCAUCAACGAGUGGAACGCCAUGCAGGACCUGGAGUCCACUCGCCCGGACUCACCAGCUUUAUAUGUGGACAAGCCAACUGAGAGGGAGCGGGCCGAACGCCUCAUCAAGGCCAAACUCCGGAGUAUAAUGAUGAGCAAAGAUCUGGAAAACGUGACCUCUAAAGAAAUACGGAACGAGCUGGAGAAGCACAUGAGCUGCAAUCUGAAAGAAUUCAAAGAAUUUAUUGACAACGAGAUGCUGCUCAUCCUAGGGCAGAUGGAUAAACCCUCCCUCAUUUUCGAUCACCUGUACCUGGGUUCUGAAUGGAAUGCCUCCAACCUGGAGGAACUCCGGGGCUCUGGUGUCGACUACAUCUUAAACGUCACCAGGGAGAUCGAUAACUUCUUCCCUGGCCUGUUUGCGUACCACAACAUCAGAGUCUACGACGAAGAGACGACGGACCUCCUCGCCCACUGGAAUGAGGCGUACCACUUUAUAAAUAAAGCCAAGAAAAAUCACUCCAAGUGUCUGGUCCAUUGCAAAAUGGGUGUGAGUCGCUCCGCGUCUACCGUCAUCGCCUAUGCCAUGAAGGAAUUUGGCUGGUCCUUGGAAAAAGCCUAUAACUAUGUGAAGCAGAAGCGCAGCAUCGCGAGACCGAAUGCCGGCUUCAUGAGGCAGCUCUUGGAAUACGAAGGCAUUCUGGAUGCCAGUAAACAGCGUCACAACAAGCUGUGGAGGCAGCAGUCAGACAACCGCCUCCCCCAGAACUCAGAUGGCUGCGGCGGCCCCGAUGCCUUCCUGAUGGAGAAUCUCGAGGUUGACCUUGACCCUCCUUGCCAGCCGGCCUGUGUAGAUCCAAGAGUGAGCCAGGAAGCCGUGGGCUUCCAUUACUGCUUCAGGCGCCUCUCCGACUCUUUGCCUGGCAACAGGGAGUCUUUUUUCCAGGUAGAAGAUCCGGAGAGAGACGUGCUUCUGGAGGAGGCUGACGCAGCAGCGGACCUCCCUUUCCCAGGCUUCUCAGAAAAGGCUGUGGUGGAAAAACUGAAAGGCAAGGAGAGGGCAGAGGUCUCUGGCCUGGGAGAGAAACCAGCCAAGAAGAAAUCUGACAUCAGCCUCCUGAAAGAUGUGGCCAUGCCCAGUCUCGCUGUCCCCGAAGAGGAAGGCCCCCAAGAGGAGAAGCCCACGGAGAGGUGGAAGCGGCGCUCAUCGGUGCAGGAGGAGGAGAGCAGGUUGAACUGCGAGAACCUGAAUAACAACAACAGCAAAAGGAGCUGCCCGGAGGAUUUUGAGCACGAUGCCAUCUUUGGGAUCCUCAACAAAGUGAAACCUUCCUACCAGUCUUGCGCCAGCUGCAUGUACUCCUCAGCCAGCACCUCUGCAGAAGCCUUUGGGGAGCCGUGCGAGAACCUGCACCCGGUUCCCCCGUGCCACAACCCCACCGUCUGCACGCAGCCCUCGUUCCUCUCCCACGGGGCGCCUGUGUUCUUAGAGCAGGCGCUUCGCCAGUCGCCUCCGAUGGAAAUCCACGGGGCUAAAGCCAAUGCCUUGCCUUUGGUGCUGGCUGAGAGUAACUUGCAGGACGUCGAUAGCGGGAAACCUUUAGCCAGUUGGCCGUUUGAUACUCUGGAGAAGGCCAAAGAUGUGUCAAAAGCGCCCGCCGGGGCCUUGCUUGGCCAGAGGGAUUCUCUCUGUGAUAGGAACGCCCUCUCCAGCGAAGCCCCGAAAGAGGACUCUUCUCCGAGAAAAGAGGUCAGACAGACAAAGGACCUGAAGUACUUGCUGUUUAGUAAAGAUUUAGAAAAAACGACUAGCAACAGUUACUUGAUGCAGCAUCAGGAGUCACUGAUUCAGCUGCAGAAAGCAGGAUUGGUUCGGAAGCAUACCAAAGAACUGGAGCGCUUGAAGAGCCUCCCUUCGGAGACAGCGGGGCAGGCGAGGGAAUGUCCCGGGAGCCCCGCGGAUGCUGCCAUCCCCGAGGAGACUCCGGACUCAGUGGCUCAGCAGCACCAGCUACCUCUUCAAGAGCCGCCACUUGCAGGAUCCGAAGACAAAGAAAAUAAACCCGAGAAGCUGCAGAAAACCUUCCUUGCAGGGGAGGCAUCCCAGAAAACCUCCACGCCCAUCUUCUGCAAGGCUGAACACACGAGCAGUUUCACAAAAGACUUUCUGAGGACCAUUUGCUACACGCCGUCCUCUUCUAGGAGCUCCAACCUGACGCGGAGUUCCAGCAGCGACAGCAUCCACAGCGUGCACGGGAAGCCGGGCCUGGUGAAGCAGCGGACCCAGGAGAUCGAAACCAGGCUGCGGCUGGCUGGGCUGACGGUCUCGUCUCCCCUGAAGCGCUCCAACUCUCUUGCCAAGUUGGGGAGUCUGAACCUGUCCUCGGAUGACCUAACCAGCGACAUGGACCCGUCCGUGUUGACAGACCCGAAAGAGGCCAAACUGAGCGAGACUUCCAUGCUCUGCGACUUACGAUACACUUUGAAAAACACAGAAGUGGGCCCCAGGCCAUCGGUGAAAUCUACCGUGGGGAAGUUGAAAAGCACUCUUUGGGAGGGGAAAAGUUGACACAUUGGUCAUUGUUUUAGGACCCCGUUACUUCUGUAUUAGUAUGUACUAAAUGCAGUUUUAUCAUCUUAAGAAAAGAAAGCUCAGUGGCUUUGGUCCCCCCCUUCUGGUGGUAUCCAUAAGUGAGGGUUGGAAACAGGGGGGAAAUUUCUGACAAGGGUGAGCAGCCCAAAGAAAAGACCUGGGGGGUGGGGGUGGAUCUUGUAUGCGAACAUGGCCUCCCGGGAGUCUAGAGCGGAGGAGCUUCUCCAUAUCUGCUCGUUCAGAAGAAUUGCAGGGGCUUCCUGGCCACACAUGCCUGGCACAGUUUUUAAGAGGCUGUUUUGAUAAAAAGCCUAAGAGGGCGACGCAAAAUGCUACCUCCGUUGUUUAAGUAUUUAUAUGUAGAUAGGCGGGAUUC